AUGAGGUUGCUUCUAAAGAGAAGCUUUUUUGAUAAGAUGGCUGGAAGGAAAAGAGUUUGUGAUGCUGACAAAGAGAUGAACUUGGAAGAAGAAAGUGGCAACAAGCGUGCUAAGUCUCCUGAUCUUGAAGAAUCAGGAAUGCCUAAAGAUAUCACAGUUCUUGAUCCAUGUUUCACGAGUCCCGAGAAGGAAAACCCUGCAAGAAGAAUUAAUGUUGGAGAAAUUUGGGCGUGUUUUGAUGCAAAAGAUAAGAUGCCAAGAACAUACGCCCAGGUUCUUAACUACAUUGACAAAGGUCAUGAACAAGUUAUGGUUGAGGUUACACGGUUAAAACCUUUUCCGGUAUAUUCAGGCGACAAAGAAUGGAUUGCUGCCGGGUUUCCGGCCACUUGUGGAAUAUUUCAACAGGGGGAUACAAGUGUCGAAUCUCCCGACAAUUUCUCUCAUCGGAUCAUAUGCAAACGACAACGUCCUUGUGUGAUACUUGAAUACUUCCAUGUGAGGGUGAAACUUGGGCAAUCUACAAACAUUGGGACAUCACGAAAUGGCUACAAGGCGAAAGAGAAUGCGAGAUUGUGGAGAUUUUUUCAACUGUUGUUCUUCAUGGGGGCUACAUCUCCAUGUUUCAGAAUAAGAGUUGGUUACUUGGACAGAAUCACAGGGUUUGUGAAUCUGUUUAAGCGGAGAAGCAAGAAGAAUGGUGCCGAGGAUGAGGAUACGAGUUUCGAAUUGCCGGAAACUAGUUUAUACAGGUUCUCUCACAAAGUGCCCAAUGUUAAGAGAACCUGCAUUGAUGGAGGAGGGAUUCCUGACUUCAUUUUUGAACUUCACCCCAAAUGCUUCCCCAAAUCAGGUUUCCAACAGGAAAAGUUAGUUUUGUUGAAGUAG